AUGGUCGCCCCCGACUCUACGUCGACCGAGAGUCCCGCUUCCGUGCCCUCCCUCCAGAUUCGCACCGAUUUUCCCAAUACCGUCCGUCGCCCGUCCACUUCGCGCGAUUCCGAUCAUUUCGCCUGUCUGAGCGUCUCCUCCGGCAGUAUCCCGCAGCGAACCCCAAGUUUGCGCGCCUUGAUUGCCCCCAUCAGUAGCGCCGGAUCUCUUUCCCCGGCCUCGAUUAUCUCCUCGCCCCAACUGAAUGCGAUGGCCGACAUCACUCCGCUACCCUCCCCGAUUGGUGGCGCUUCUCCCUGGCGCGGCGGUGCUCUGCCCUCGCUAUCGCGUACCUCUUCCACCGCGUCGCGAAGUGGCUCGAGUUUGCGAUUGAGCGAUUCGUCGCAGAUGCUAGGCCCACCCUCACGAUCUCAUGGAAAAUCAUACACUGGUCUGAAUGACCUCGGGGAGGAAUCUCCAGUUGCCAGUCGAGUCCGCCGUGACUCGCCAACCAAACAUGUCCGUAACCGCAGUCUGAGUGACUAUGCGCCACCGGGUCGCAUGGCCAUCCCUCGGCCCGUUGCAGUUUCUGGUGCUGGUCCUAGUAUUGCUCCCUCUUCCAGUACUGAUUCCAAAUCGACGGGUCUUCACCGCGAACAAUACCUGGCUUUCGUCCCCCCUAGCCCCCCUCGCAGCAGUGGAAGUGGCUAUGGGGACAGUGACUCAGAGCCCGUCAUUCGACACCCUGCCCCCUUGUCUAAACUGGAGGAAAUUUAUUCCGUCCGAUCAGUGCGCACCCAGCAGUCUCGGAUGUACAGGAAAAUACGCGUCCUAGGCCAGGGUACAUUCAGUCAAGUUUGCCUUGCGGCACGCGUGGAAGAGGUUGUGCAAACUCCUCUCUCGCCUGUCACGGACACACCUGGCGAUGUUAUCGUCCAUCCCACCGUGGGUCAGAAGCUGGUGGCAGUCAAGAUCAUUGAGCAUGGCCCUGCUGGAGGUGCUGACGAGGAGCGAUUGGAGGUCUCUCUCAAGCGAGAGGUUGACAUCCUCAAAGCUGUCAACCAUCCAUCUCUGGUGCAAUUGAAGGCAUUCGGAAGUGAUGAGAAGCGCGCUCUUCUCGUUUUGGACUAUUGCCCUGGUGGGGAUCUGUUCGAAUUUGCGACCACCGGACCCCGGUCCACCUCACCAGGUCUCAUUCGACGCAUUUUUGCCGAAUUGGUAAAUGCCGUGCGCUACCUGCAUUCGCAUUAUAUCGUCCACCGCGAUAUCAAGUUAGAAAACGUAUUACUCACCAUGCCUCUCCACGCUAUGGAGGAUGUGACUGACUGGCGCACAUACGACCGCGCCGUGGUUACUCUCAGUGACCUCGGAUUGUCUCGACGUAUACCGGAGCCACCGGAAAGCCCUCUCCUCCAAACCCGAUGCGGCAGUGAAGAUUACGCUGCUCCCGAGAUCCUCAUGGGUCAGCCUUAUGACGGCCGAGCAACCGAUGCCUGGGCUCUCGGUGUGCUGCUAUACGCCAUUAUGGAAAACAGACUACCCUUUGACGUCCUACCCGGCACUCGUGGCGACCCGGCUAAACUUCGAGCCCGUACCCCGCACCGUAUCGCCCGCUGCGAAUGGAGUUGGUACCGCUACGCCGAUGAAGAUGAGGAGUGGGAUGCUGAGAAGGGCCGCGACCUCGAGGGUGGUCGGGACUGCGUCGAGGGCCUUCUGAAGCGCAACACUAAGCGCAAGCAUCUCGAUGAUAUCGCUGCUAUGCCCUGGGUGCGCGACGCAAUUGACGUACCCAACGGGAUCAAGCGAGGUGACAAGGAAGUGCCGUAG